AUGCCCCUAGUUCUAGAAAACCGUGGUUACCAAUCUAAUAUCACGGUACAGAACUUCCAAAGCGUCUUCUACCAAACAGUUGGCUUCACAGGACAUACUUCCCUCAUGAUCAGCGGUGUCAAGUCAUCUAUCUACCUUGUCUUCGUCGCUGACAAAACGCCUCGCACUCGCACCCUAUGGACUGGAUCUAUUGUGCUCUGCGUUAUGAUUCCUAUUUGCAUGGCUCUCAGCGCAGGAAUCGGUUCCUCUAACAAUGACAACCAGGCUGGUGCAAGAGGAGCCACUGCGUCUAUCUUCCUAUACUCGAUAAGCUAUGCUAUCUUCUUCAAUGUUAUGAUCUGGGUGGUUGCCUGUAAGCUUUCCCCCUUCUUAAGGACCAAGGGCAUGGCUCUCGCUGUGGCUACCAAGGCGAUCGUGGCAGUUGUUUUGUCACAAAUCACACCGUUGGCUACUGCUAAUGUCAGCUGGGGGUAUGUCUACGGAACGCUGAAAUGGAAUCGAUCGGAAUAA